AUGGUUUUUUCGGAUGGGAAAGAGAAAUCGAUUGAGGGGAUUAUUCUUGUUUUUGAAUUGUUUGCUGCAAUGUCUGGCCUGCGUAUAAGUCUUGAGAAAUCGACGAUCUUCCUGGCUGGCAUCUCGAACGCGCAACGUACCUCUAUCAUUAACAGAUUCUCUCUUGAGAAUGGGAACUUACCAGUUCGUUACCUUGGUUUACCUCUUAUUGCUAAGAAAAUGACAAAGGCGGAUUACGCUCCUCUGGUGGAGAAGAUAAAGACGUGCAUUCGAUCCUGGAAAAUUUGCCACAUCUCUUUUGCGGGUCGAUUACAGCUUUUGGCAUCGGUGAUUUCUGGUAUUCUGAAUUUCUGGAUGGCUGCUUUCCAACUCCCUAACAGCUGUAUAAAGGAAGUUGAGUCUCUCUGUAGUGCUUUCCUUUGGUCGGGUCCAAUACUCAAUCCAAGGAAAGCAAAAGUCUCUUGGGAGGAUGUUUGUAAGCCUAAAGUUGAGGGUGGCUUGGGAUUACGAUCUCUGCGUGAGGUGAAUAUGGUCUGCUCUCUCAAACUGGUAUGGCGGUUUCUAUUUAACAUGCCUUCUUUGUGGGCCUCUUGGCUCAGGUGCCGCUACGUGAAGGGUAACUCUUUCUGGUCCUUACCUGAAUCUCCCCCUCACAGCUCGUGGAUAUGGUGGAGAAUGUUGAAAAUAAGGAUAGUUGCGCAACGCUUUUACUAUAUGGAGGUCAAUAAUGGUGAACGUACCUCUUUCUGGUUGGAUAGAUGGAGUUCAUUGGGGAGGAUUUUCGACAUUACUGGCUCUCAAGGUUUCAUCAGACUCGGCAUUCCCAGUCAUUACUCCCUGGAUUUGGUCUGGAGAAGACGCAGACGAAAGUGCCAUCGUUGUGAUCGGCUAACUGAUAUUGAACGCGCCAUAGAGACAGCAAAGGGCUCCCGUAGACCUCGAGCUGAUCAAUCACUUUGGCAAGGGAUGAAUGACAUUUUUGGUCCGAACGUUUCGACUAAGGCAACAUGGAACAACAUCAGAACAGCUCUAACGCGCAAAGCUUGGAGCUAUUUGGUGUGGUUUCAGAAUGCCACACCGAAGUAUGCAUUCAUUACUUGGCUGGCUAUGCGCAAAAGACUCUCGACUGGUGAAUGUAUGACAGCCUAG